AGAUUUAGGUCUGUAUGUCUUUAGAUUCAACAAAAGUCGCGUCACUAAACAUUCUGAACAACGUAAAAACAAAUGACGUCAAUGAAGUACCAGAGGAUGUGAUAGUUGUCAUCGUGUGUAAAACAUCGGGAAAUCCCGCACCAACUGCAAGACUUUAUUUUGUUACAGAAAAAGAGAAAACUUUAGUAUAUCAGAGUACAACCAGACAGUUGGAAUACCAGAUACCUGCACAAUGUAACAGGAUCGGCAGGUACGUCUGUGAGGCUGAAAACAAUUUCUCUAAAGAUAGCAAGCACACGGACCUUUGGAUCAAAUGUCCUCCAGAGCUCUGCAGUGGUCAGACGUCUAGACCAGUCUACCAGGUUCCUGUCAAUCAAAACUUCUCCACCAGCCUGUGUGUCCUGUACUGGCCCAGACAUCCCCUGGGGUCGGAGCUACGCCGAGUUUCAGCCGACAACUCCUUUGUAGAGAGCAGACGACUAGAUCACCACGUGACCGUCGUAUCACGAGACAUGAGGCAGACGAUUGUAAACCUGACCAUGUUUUCUGGACCAGAUCACCAGCUCGGGGAGGUCAACUUGACCAUUGAGUAUGACGUGGGAAGGUUCUCCAGCAUGUACUUCAAGCUGAUCAAACCAGAAGGGAGCAAGCUUGGAUCGAUGACUAUUGCUGCCAUCGUCUGCCCCAUCGUCCUGGUUUUGCUGUUGAUUAUUCUCGUGCUUUCUGUCAUGGUGUGUAGAAAAAGAGAAACAGUUGAUGACAAAGAUAUUUACCAAAGCAUCGACGAGGCUGUGGGAAAAUCUUCUGUCAACAACAAGGAAAUAGGUAACCAGAAGCCAAACGUCCCACUUAAAAAACGAGACUCGCCUGCAGACACACAAGAACACAUCUAUUUCUGCUUGGAAAAAGUCACAGAUCUUAAGGGAAAUACAGUGGAGGCUGAACUCGUAUAACUGCAGCAGACUAUUACAACUUCAAUAGUAUAAUAUAUUUUACAGUUAUGUAUAUAUUGAAUAUUUCAGGCCGUAUAUCAUUCUAAUUUAAAAACUACAUUACUCCAUCAGAAAUGUAUGACAUGUUAAAUCAAUAGUGAACAGUUUUUAUUUUUUUAUAUAUUUUUCUUGAUACUGCAGUUCAGUUUUUUUUAAUGGAAUGAAAUGAAGCCUGAAUUAUUUUAUUGAAUUUGUUUAUUUAAAAACUAUCGAUUUGUGUUCAGACAUUGCGCUAAUUAACUCUAAAUAUUUAUACUUUUAUGAUGUAAAUAAACGUAUGUAAAUAUCAAUCCCGUCACAGUGAAGAACUUUAUAGAUGUUCCCUAUAGAUAUCUUUGACAAAGACAAAUGAAAGAUCGAUUAUUAUUUAACUUGAAUAUUUCUUUUUUUCUAAUGAAAGAUCGUUUAUUGUUUAACUUGAAUAUUUGUGUUUGCCUAAUAAAAAAAUCGAUUAUUAUUUAACUUGAAAAAUUGUAUUUGCCUUAUGAAAGAUAAAUUAUUAUUAAAUUCGAUAUUUGUGUAUGCCUUAAAUAUUUCAAAGUGAAAUAGUUUGGUUGACGUUAGCUUGAAUAUUUUACCUUUAAUGGCCAUGUUGAGUUCAACUUGCAUGCAAAGCUUACAAAAAAAUCUCGCAAGUAGUAUUUACGUUAGGAUGUUCUAACCAGCACUACAUUCAUAAAACACGGCAUUUUGAAAAUAAAAGCAAUGAGUGACGAAAACCAGACCAAAUAAACUAAUUUAAAACAUCGCAGUUUUAUCUGAAACUCUUAUACAGUUAAGAGAACUGUUUUUGAAGCUUUAUGUGAAUUUUCUGGAGAAAAAUUGUGUUCAAUUAAUUUGAAAUAAGUCAUUAUUUUGAUUCAUUUAACAAGUGAUUGAUUUCUAAUAAACAAUACAUAACGAAGCAAAACUACACACAAUUAUACAAAAAUGUUCGGAAUUUUAUGUAUUAUUUUAAAUAAUAUUUGUGAUAUUUAAAAUGUUUUUAAUGUUUUAAACGUUCUUAAAAACUUUAAAAGAGGGCGUGGUUGUAACCUGCCGUUCAGCAAAACAAUUUUUGUUUUCGUGAAAUGAAACGAGAAAGUUUACUAUAAAAAAUAAAAAUACUGCAAUUACAGGAAAAUUAGUUGUUUGUG